AUGGCUGGGACAAUGGACACCCAGGUGCCAACAGAGAGCACACUGUCGAGCUCUGAAGUCAAGCGCGAAGAAGCCCAGAAAAAAGCCCAGAAAAAGGCUGAACUGAUCGAGAAAAAUAAAGCCCGGAAUGAGGCUGCACUGGCCGCGAUGGCAGCUAGUUAUGGUAAAAGAUACCAACGCUCGGCCACUUCCCCCGGCGAGUUCGCAAGGUAUUUCGAGGCUAUCAGAGACGGAAAGGAACUUAAGUUCACUGAGGAGAUCUUGGAAACUGUAAAAGCUCUCCAGCCGGCCAUUGAUUAUUACACGAAACUGCUUCCGUGGGAAUUUCUCCUCCUGCCCGUUUUCUCCGAGAACGAGAGCAGCCAUUUUGGUCCCUUGCCGCCGGUGGCUGACAAGGACGUACGCCUAUUCCAACGAGCCCUUCACCGUCUCCAAUCAAUUUGCGAGGUCACCCGUCAAUCCGACCAGCUACUCAUUCACGCCAAGACUCACUAUUACGAUGAUAGAGACAAGGUGUCGCCCUAUUCUCAUAUGGAACUAAGCCAAGCCAAGAUGCUGUAUGAAAUGUUUUUCUAUCGGAUGUUUCAAGUCUGCGACAAGUAUUUAGAAAAAAUAGAGAGGAGUCGGUUCAGGCCCGAUCCGGGAGCCCGGAAGAAGCACGACAAGGAGGUCAUUCAUGGCAUCGUAUGCCACGGCCUGCAGUUCAUGCACGAAUUUGAAACACAAACCACCGACAAAGUCAGGGAGGAGCUUAUCCGGAAAAUUGCCAAAGAUAGCUGGUUUGGGCCGCGAUUCUAUCUGGAUCCGCGAUUUCAGGAUACCAAGCUUCAAGAAGAGCUAUGUGCCACUCAAAGAAUCUUUGACAAUAAACUGGGGUAUAUUCCACGUGGCUGUCGGUCUCCCUGUCGAGAAUGCAAUUAUCACAAACAGGAAUUACCCCUCCCGCCUUCCCCGGAAAUGCAGGCUACUAUAGAAGCCAUACGCACUCGUGUGGUCCAGAUGAAGAAGCUGCUAGAAUGCUCGCAGGUGCCAGCUGAAGAGACUCAAUCCGGACAGAUCCAUCCUGACGGUGACAACUAA